AUGGCGACUUCCUCGUCCAACUCUUCCCCUCAACACUCGCCCUUUCCAGACACGCCUAUUGCUCUGGCUCGACCGAAUUCCGCCGCCGUCCGCUCAAACAACUACGACAACUACAACCAAGCAUUCUCAGAAGACACUUCUUACACAAACUCUUAUACUCCCUCGACGACAACCUCUGUCUCAAACUCUCUCUCCUACUCGUCGCGCACUGUAUCCGCCGCCUUUGGAAAGCAAGUCCUGUCUGCCAUUUCGGAAAACGUGAAGUCGCCUGGUCUUGUCGCAACUGUUGGUUCUCUGUCCCGCAAGGCUUCUCUCCACGCUCGUGCAAGGUCGCUGGUCAGCUUUGUACCUGCCUUCAAUCCUACCGAUACAGAGGAGCAACACGGUUCAGCCAGGUCGCCGCCGAGAAAAGGCCCUUCUUUUACCGACAUCUUUACACCUCGUCGUUCAUCGCUUGCUCCCUCGGAACCUGAAGAAGAGUCGGAAUACAUCAUGUCUUACAAGUCAUCCUUCACCGGUGGCUCGGGUCGCAUACCGGAACCUCAGGUCGCUGCGCCAAAAGCCACCGGUCUCGCAGCUCGCAGCUUUUCCUGGUUUGGCUCAAUGAAGAACGCUCCUGUUUCUGUCCCGUCAACGUCAUCAGAAAGCACAGUCGGCAUGGACCUUCUCAACCCACCAACUUCGUUGCUCUUCCCCGUAGGCCUGCCUGCCGACAAAUCAUCCGCCACCUUUGACGAACUCCUCCACAACGCCGAGUUCCUAAUCAGUCGUCUCCAAACCGCAUAUAAAGAACAGACCUCUGCCCUCCAAGCCGCCCUCGCUGAGCGAGAAGCACAAUCCGAAGAGACCGAAGAAGCAUCCACGCGCGCUCAACACCUGAAGUUGCAACUCGAGAACCUGGCUGCGCAAUCUGCAGAACAGGCAGCUACAAAUCGUGCUUUGGCAGAGGAAUUGGCAGCGGAAAAACAACGCAGACAUGAGGACCGCGAACACUACGAACGUAUGGCACGCCAAAAUGAUCUUACACCCCGCCGUAAUCGUCACAGUGGCGCUAGUUCCCUGCAUAGCGACAGUGGGUUUGAAUCCGAAGCCGAUACAGCGGAAUCCUGCUCUAGACCAUUGACACCGACUUCACCCAAUCCCAACAACUACGCUUUCAACGGCUCAGAGAGGUGGAGCUCAGCCAUGGAGCCAAUCAAGGAAGUUAUCCGUCCUGUAUCCAGAGAUUCAGUGACUGCUAGAAUCCCCGGUCGCACAUGCGAGAUUGACGCUGGCGUCUGGAACUUCAUGAGAGACGAAAAGAUGCGUUUAGAACGCAGGGUUCAAGAGUUGGAAGGUGUGCUUGACGGAUGUCUUGAUUUGAUUGCAUAA